CUGCUACAGGUGACAUGCCAACUUACCAAAUCCGUACUCCAACCACAGCCUUACCUCAAGGAGUCGUCAUGGCAGCUUCCCCAGGAACACUGCAUAACCCGCAGCAGCUAGCAGAAGAAGCAACGCGUAAAAGAGAACUAAGGCUUAUGAAAAACAGGGAAGCUGCAAAAGAAUGCCGACGAAGGAAGAAAGAAUAUGUGAAAUGUCUGGAGAGUCGUGUUGCAAUGUUAGAAGUUCAAAACAAGAAACUUAUAGAAGAGCUAGAAACUUUAAAAGACAUUUGCUCUUCCAAGACAGAUUAGUGUCGAUACUGAAACUGUGAACUGAGUACAGCAUGUACAAAUGCUCCUGAAGAAAAUGUCUAGUCAAAAGAAUUAUGACUUUUCCUUUCUAUCAUUUGUAUUCUACUCCACCUCUAACAUUCCUGAAACACUCUGCUGCUUUUUCUAGAUUAUUAAA